UUACAAUCAAAUCAGUGAUUUCUUUCACUAGCUGGUAACCAGAGAUAGAUUCAGAUGGGGAGAUUGAGAAGAAGUGCAAAUUUGAGAGUUGAAUACAUGUUUCUGAAUAUAACUGGCAUAGUUUGGAAUUGGUAGAUUGGGAGUGCAAAAGCAAGAUCGAUGGAAAAAUGCAUGCUUGUGGCCACGAUGCUCAUGUUACUUGGAGCAGCUAGACUGAUUCAGAACAGAAGGGACAAGUUAAAGGUGCUCACUGUUGCAUUUGUAGAUGGUGGUCAAGCCGGUAAUGUAAUCCCCGAAAGUGUAAGGUUUGCUGGCACCUUCCGGUUCAUGACAUUAGAAGGAUAUUCGUAUCUUAAGCAGAGGAUCAAAGAGAAAUGCUUGCUACUGAGUACUGACAGAUCAUUGAGACUCAAUCAGGAGUACAUGAGUUAUUCUGCCACUGUCGAUUUCAUGGAAGAAAUGAGGCCAUAUCCACCAACUAUAAAUGAUUCCACUAUCUAUGAUCAUAAUCAAAGAGUUGGAGAAAUCUUGUUUGGCAAUACAUUCCCCAGCUUUGAUGGCUGCAGAGGACUUGGGGUUCUAUUGGCAACUGCAUUCUUUUUCAUUGGGACACAAAAUAAAACAAUCUCAUCUUCUGUUAAAGGUUUGCACUCCCUGUACUUCACCAUUGAUGAAGAAGUUCUUCCCAUAGGAGCUGCCCUCCAUGCUGCUUUUGCCAUAUCUUACUUGGAUACACAUUUUAAGUCAAGAGUAACACAAUAGAUUGGUGAUUAUUACUGUUUGGUAAUUGAACAAUCAUUUGCGACUUUAUUUAUUAGCAGAAAAAUCUGUAAGCUUGAUAUCCCAUUCUACAUCAAAUGAUGCUUUACUUUAGGAUUUUUGUUACUAUUUUUAAUAAG